AUGGCGUCUCGCUUGGUUGCCGGCGAGCGGCUGGUGCGCGCCUUGGGCCCCGGCGGGGAGCUGGAGCCAGAACAGCUGCCCCGGAAGCUGCGGGCAGAACUUGAGACCGCGCUAGGGAAGAAGCCCAAGAGUGGUGAUUUUCCCAGUGGCUCCGCGCGCCUGGUUUCUUUCCGCUUGAUCCGAGAUCUGCAUCAGUACUUGAGAGAGAGGGGUUCCACACUAUACCUUCAUGAGCUCCUAGAAGGCAGUGAAAUCUAUCUCCCAGAGGUUGUGAAGCCUCCCCGGAACCCAGAGCUAGUUGCCCGUUUGGAGAAGAUUAAGAUACAGCUGGCCAACGAGGAAUAUAAGCGGAUCACCCACAAUGUCACCUGUCAGGAUUCGAGGCACGGUGGGACUCUUAGUGACCUCGGAAAGCAAGUGAGGUCAGUGAAAGCUCUGGUCAUCACCGUCUUCAACUUUAUUGUCACGGUAGCAGCUGCCUUCGUCUGCACUUACCUUGGAAGCCAAUAUAUCUUCGCAGAAUGGCCUCAAUCACCUGUUGAGGAUGCAUCCACAGGGCUGGCCAUGGAGCCGGCAGAGAAUGAGGAGCCGGAGGGCCAUGCCAAGGCUGUGCCCACACCACCCCUCCUUGUGGGGUUUUAUCCUGCUCAGAAGCCUGGCCCCCCGCCUCCAGGAGGGGAGAGGUUUCAUCUCGAGCCGAUGGGGAGCAGAGAAGUCCCAGAGGGAAGAGUGGAAGCCAGGGACAGCGUUUGGGCUUGUGUGAGUAUGGAUGGGGCAAAACUUCUCUGGCCCCUGCUCCUCCAGGGCCUCACAAAGAAAGCUGGUCUGAGCCCUUCUCCUCACACCCCACACCCACAGUCUGUGGCUGAAAUCCUGUACUUUGUGAAAAUCCUCCCAGGAUUUGCCCGGAAGGGAAGUCAAAGAGAUCCUUCUCUCUAGCACUCCCACUGCUUCACCUUCCCCCUUGGAGCCCUCAGUGCCCCAGUGCCCCAGUUCCCCCAGGGGACGGUGGAUGCAGUCCUGUGCCACAGCCUGGGGCUGGGCUGGUGAAGCCGGACAGGAUGAGGAGGCUGACCAGGGAGACGGCAGAUGAACCUCAGCCAGUCCGCCCUCAGCAGAGCUGGAGAGCAGAUGUUACCACCAGCUUGCCCUCGGGUCUGCUUUAAAGAUUGCCUGCACCGAGCCCUGUCUCCAUGGCCCUUGAGAGCCCAGAUGGGCUUCUUGGAGUCCAGAAACCUGGAGUCCAGGAAUCAGAGGAGGUUUCACAGGUACAAUCGAGGAGUUUAAGAAAGAUGCUUGUUUGUGUUUUGUUUUGUUUUGUUUUGUUUUGUUUUGUUUACAGAGUAUUCAUCCUUGUAAGUCUUCUGAGUCCCUUUUCUAAGAGAAGUGGGUGCAUUUGGAUUUCCUUGAGUUCUUGCCCUUUCCACUCCUACUCUCAGUGCCCAGACCCAGACCCAAGACAGAGGCCUCAAAGAAAGGCUCAUCCUAGGGGUGGGUUUUGGGGAGCAUGCUGACCAGUCCUAGGCUAACCACCUUGCAGGCUCAGAAGGGGCAGAAAAGCGGAACCAGAACCGCUUGCCCUCUGCCCCAUCCUCUCUCCUCCAAGACCCUAGUAAACUCCGAGAGGCAAAGGAAGCCCAGGGCUGGGGAAAGGCACUUGGUGGCUCCUGUCAUCACCAGAGCUGUUCAAGCUCCGCCAAUGUUGGUAGGCUGUAGGGGCUCCUUAGCUCAAGAGGAAGCCUAGCACUCGUGAGGCCCUCCCCAGGCCGGAGCUUUUCCGGUUCACGGAGAAAGCCUGAGCCCAACCUGGACUGGACACAAGGACACUCUCCUCCUCCAAGACUUCGUGACAGCCCAGCUUCCCCUCCUUUCCCCAGGCAGAUCCCGGUCUCUGCCUGUCCACUCCAGUCAGGACAGCAGUCUUAAACUCAGGACCAAGGGGUCUUUAUUGGGAUGGGCGGAAGUGGUUGAGGAAGGAACAGUGGAGGGCCCAGCUGUGCAGGCUCCGAUUCCUACUGG